AGUGCAGUGCUUAACACAGAAGCCCGCACUGUAGAAGCAGACGUCCUGAGCCGCCGCUGUGUCAUGAUGCGGCUGGCGGAUUUCUCCUAUGAGCAGUACCAGAAGGCUCUCCGCCAGUCAGCUGGUGCUGUGGUGAUCAUCUUGCCGCGAUCUAUCUCUUCUGUCCCACAGGAUGUUGUAAGGCAAUUCAUGGAGAUAGAGCCGGAAAUGCUUGCUAUGGAAACUAUUGUGCCAGUCUACUUUGCAGUGGAAGAUGAAGAGCUGCUGUCUAUCUAUGAACAAACGCGGGCUGCUUCUGCGUCCCAGGGUUCUGCCUCGGCUGCAGAAGUUCUGCUGCACACGGCAACUGCCAAUGGCUUCCAGAUGGUGACCAGCGGGGCUCAAAGCAAAGCCAUCAAUGACUGGCUCAUACCCAGCGUGGAGGGAAGGCUUACGGGGCUGGGUGGAGAAGACCUGCCCACUGUUGUGAUAGUUGCCCACUAUGAUUCUUUUGGAGUGGCUCCGUGGCUGUCACACGGUGCUGACUCCAAUGGCAGCGGUAUCUCAGUGCUACUGGAACUAGCCAGGCUGUUUUCCCGGCUCUACACCUACAGACGUACCCAUGCUGCGUAUAACUUGCUGUUCUUUGCAUCCGGAGGUGGCAAGUUUAAUUAUCAAGGAACCAAGCGGUGGCUGGAAGACAAUUUGGACCACACUGAUUCCAGCCUGCUGCAGGACAACGUAGCAUUUGUUCUCUGUCUUGAUACUCUGGGCCGAGGCAAUAGCCUUCAUCUCCAUGUCUCAAAGCCUCCCAAGGAGGGGACCUUGCAGCACGCGUUUCUGAGGGAACUGGAGAUGGUUGUUGCCAGCCAGUUCCCAGAGGUGAAGUUUUCCAUGGUGCACAAGAAGAUAAACUUGGCUGAGGACAUGCUGGCAUGGGAGCAUGAGCGUUUUGCGAUCCGACGCUUGCCAGCAUUCACCAUCUCCCAUCUGGAGAGCCACCGGGACAGCCUGCGCAACAGCAUCAUGGAUAGGAGGGCACGAAUAGACACUAAGGCACUAACCAGGAAUACUAGGAUCAUUGCUGAGGCUUUGACAAGGGUCAUCUACAACCUAACAGACAAGGGAGCACCUGCAGAUCUGCAGAUCUUCACGGAUCAGAUGCAGAUCCAGCAGGAGCAAAUAGAAUCAGUGAUGGACUGGCUGAGCAGUCAGCCCAGGGCUGCCCAGCUGAUUGAUAAAGACAGCACCUUCCUCAACACCUUAGAAUAUUAUAUGGGUCGCUACCUGAAGGAUGUCAAACAGCAUCAUGUGAAGGCAGACAAACGGGACCCUGAGUUUGUUUUCUAUGACCAGCUGAAACAGGUGAUGAAUGCGUACAGGGUCAAGCCAGCGAUCUUUGACCUGCUUCUUGCUGUCUGUAUCGCGGCCUACCUUGGUGUUGCCUACGUUGCAGUGCAGCACUUUGGUCUCCUUUACAAGAUGAUACAGAGAUUGUCCCUUAAAACCAAGCAGCAGUGAAGCAACGAGUCAUCACCCAUACAGCAGUACUGAGCCAUCGGUGAGCCCAUCAGGAACCUUCUGCCUUCCAUUGAAUCCUGCUGUUUCUCUUUCUCUGUCUCCUCUUUGCUACUCUAGAGAGAGGAGGAAGGCAGAAAGAAAACGAAAUUUUAACUCUUGUGCACCUUUUAAGUGCUUUUCUUCACUUUCUUCCCCUGACUUGCACCAUGUCUGUUUUCCUUUGCUUUUUGGUGAGGGAGAGGCUCAGAGACUUCAGUGGUUCCUGCGGGUUGUUUAAACACUGAACGGCUGAUUCUGAGCAGCUUCUCUGAGAGUAAAACCAAGUCCAGCACCUUCACGGACACAUGUGCCAUACAGCCAACUUGGAAACUGAAACUACGGAGUAGAGUGACAUGUUAUCUCUGCCCAGCAAACAAGGACUCAGAGCAGUUGUUUAAAAGGAA